AUGCCCCCGCAGCCGGGUUCACUCACACAUUUUUUUAAUAGUCGGACACAAAACGAAGGUCAUCCAAAAUGGUUUGUUCUGGGUGUUGGACAAGUCAUAAAAGGGUUAGAUAUUGCUAUGAUGAACAUGUGUCCUGGAGAGAAACGGAAAGUGACCAUUCCUCCGUCAUUAGCCUAUGGACAGCAAGGAUACGCACAGGGCAAGAUUCCACCCAAUGCAACAUUGAUCUUUGAGAUUGAACUUUAUGCAGUAAAUAAGGGACCUCGCAGUGUUGAAGCAUUCAAUCAAAUAGACAAGGACAGUGACAAGAAACUCUCUGAACUUGAGAUAAGCCAAUAUUUGAAAGAAGAAUUUGCAAGAGAUGGCAAAAAACGUCAUCCCUCAGUCCAUGAUGAAAUCUUAGCUGAUAUAUUUAAGAAGAAUGACCAUGAUGGAGAUGGUUUCAUAUCAGCAAAGGAGUACAAUGUCUACCAGCAUGAUGAACUCUAAGUACUUAAAAAAUCUUUGACUGUUUUCUGGACACUGAAUUUUAAAUAAUAAUACUUUGUCACAGAAUUUUUUUGUAUUUUUUUAAUAGUGGCAUCUCUUUAUAGCUCUUCAGGUGACUGUAAAAAUGUUACUUUUAACAUUCACCUAAUAAAAUGUGUUGUAUAUUUCAAAAGAUAAAUAA